AUCAUCAGGUUACCUAGCGUUAUGUCUCACAAGAUAUCAGCUUCUCAAAAUGGGAGUUUUUUAUGUGGAUCAACCUUUCUUGGUUGUAUUACUGAGUCUAUGCAGUGCACAUUCUCUUACGUUCAUCCGAACACUAAUGGGGACUCAUUUGAUUUAGUAAGCCCUGUUUAUACAGCUUUCAGUCGUCAUAUGUCUACUCGUUCAUCGCGUGGGAUGAACAAAAAAGGCACAUCCAUAAAUAAAAAGGAUUAUAAGGCUGGAGACCAUGCUGCUCUUUGUUAUAAUAACUCGGGUUCAUUUUUUUCGAUUUUGAUUCUCCGUUGUGACACUUGGUCAGUUCAGUGGGCUGUCGCCUCCUUACAAGAGUCUAUGUCAAUAUGCAAAAUAGAGCUUUUGGAUGCACAUCUCUUGUGUGGCUUAGCCUCAACAAAUUCUAAUGUGCAUCGUGUAUUUAUUGCUUCUCGUCUUAAUUGUAAAUAUGUUAGCGAAAAGGAAAACCGUUCACUUCGUCAUUUUUUAGCGCAAUCCCAGUUCAUUAAACUAGGGGUUGAAUCUGAAAAUAUUAUUACGAUUACAGCUGCGCGCGCUAAUUCUAUUAUUAUAUUAACCGAGUUGGGUUCACUUUGCCUCGUCAAGAUUGAAUUUAGCUUCAAUGUACGAGAACUCAAUUGGAGUAUCACCGAGAAAGCCAUUAUUACCGACAAAUUGAGGUGUGUUUCAAAAGGAACCGAAAUGAUCUUCUCGACAAAUGGUGAUUGUAAUACACUGGUAGUAUAUUCCCAGGAAAUUUCAACGUUAAAUAUAAUAUCCUUUUCCACUAAUUAUGAAAAUCCUAAUGGUACAAUCAGCCAAAUAAAUAUUCCUGAGAAUUUUCAGUUGAGGUGGGUUGAAUUUGUCGGCCCUUAUCACUUUGUUAUGGCAUUGGAGGAGUGUUCUUCUCAUACAUCAGCUUUUCAGUUUGUCAGCUUCUUUACAUCUGCUGAUAACACACUGGAGUUCGUGCAGCAUGAAGUGGUGCCGCUAAAAAAGGUUCCAGUUGUGUCUUUCUAUAACGCAAAAACUGAGGAGCACGUUGUUGUUUGUGCAAACAUGGCGAAUUGGAGUUCCAUUUUAAAGGAAAAAAUGAGCAUUGAUUUAUUGAUACACAAUAAAUUUUCAUUUGCUAAUGGUCCAUAUUCAAAAAUUGAAACCACGGCAGUUUGGAAGCCUUUUUACAUUGGUCAUGAUAAUUAUCAAGAUUCACUGACUUUAGAAAACGCUACCGAUAACUUAAACGAUGCUUUGAGUUUAGUAGCACCUGAAGACACCAAUCCAACGACUUCAUUGCGCCUUUUUUAUCCUCUCCUUAAUUCAACCGAAAGUGGCAGCUGCGAAGUUUCGGUUUUCUCGGUGGAGACGUUACCCUACCUUCACAAUCGUCUGGUAAAGCAGUUCCACAACGCGACCCAAGGGCUUCGCCAUCUCCUUUCUACCCGUCAUCCGAUCAUGCACCCUUUUCUGUUCUCGUGGAAUCCUCGCCACCUCCGUCGUGCGCUUCGUUUGCUCAGUCAAGAGCAGCUAGGGGCUUUAUUCCACGAUAUCGCAGAGACCAUGCGUCACGCAGCGUCCGGGUCUGUUUUGGCCGCUUCGAAUUAUGGUGAAUUAUCAACUGCAGGAUGUAGUAUCGCAAUGCAGAUUAUCACACUCUCUAAACAAAUAGGUGUGGUUCUUGAUAACAAAGACGUAGAAAUUUUGUCAGCCUUGUUUCGGUCUUCCCGUGAGGUUAGUCAUGACUAUCUUGGUUAUUUGUCUCGCAUGAAACUUAUUCUUGAGAGCUGUACUCAACAGCGGCGAAUAAAUAACCUUCUUUACACUAGACAAGAUGUUACAAAAGUUCCUGAAAACCAAGAGGUUGAUUCAACACCGAAUGAGUUUUCACCUGUUUUUAACAAUUCUUACUCGAACCCAGGACUUCAGACGAAGUAUGACAUGAACUCGUGGGCAAAUAAUUUGAAGAUACACAUGCCACAACACAUUAAAGUAGCGGAGGCGGCUAUGCAGCACAUCACGGAUGCGUACGAUUUCACCUCGUCCAGGAAGGAUAAAAUUCUAAGUGAUUGGGAAUUUUUAGGUCGAGAGCCCAAUUUUGAUGCGACCUUUAAUCGAUUUGAGUCUACCCUUAUGGGCACUGCAUUUGAGAGGGAAAUGACAGAUGAUAAGUAA